AUGGCGAUUCAAAGCGACAGCACUAAGAUUAUCGAACCACCAGGGUCAGUGGCCCUAAACCACCAGGAAAAUGAUGCGAGAUUGAACCAGAAACCAACGUCCAAUGGUGAAAAAAAGCAUGAAGGCUGCCCCCCAGUCGCCAUAGUAGGAAUGGCACUGAGAGUGCCUGGAGGGGUGAAGUCUCCAGACGAGCUGUGGAAAUUCUUGCUUGAGAAAAAAAAUGGAGUUUGUGAAGUGCCUGGUAGCAGAUACAAUAUCGAUGCCUUCUACAGUGAAAACAAGACGCACACCGUCAAAACUAGACAUGGAUACUAUCUAGAUGAGGACCCUGCCAGCUUCGAUGCGUCUUUCUUUUCUAUCACUAAAGAAGAGGCUGAACAGAUGGAUCCGCAGCAGCGCAAACUCAUGGAAGUCUUUUGGGAAUGCCUAGAGAGCGCAGGUGAAACUGACUGGAAAGGCAAAAACAUUGGCUGCUACGUUGGAGUUUAUGGUGAAGAUUGGCUGGAUCUCGCUAGUAAGGAUCCUCAAUACACCAGUCGCUUCCAUAUUCUUGGUACAGGCCAGUUCGCUCUGUCUAACAGGCUGUCAUGGGAGUAUGAUUUUCGUGGGCCCAGCAUGACUAUACAAACUGGAUGCUCCGCGUCCCUGGUUGGCUUGCAUGAAGCCUGCCAGGCGCUUUAUUCCGGCGAAUGCUCCUCAGCUAUCGUUGGAGGCACGAGUUUAAUUUUCGCGCCCACUAUGACGGCCACAAUGUCCGAUAAUACUGUUAUGUCUCCAACCGGGAUAUGUAGAACCUUCGAUGCAGGAGCGGAUGGGUAUGGUCGAGCUGAAGCAAUAAAUGCCCUGUACAUCAAACGUCUGGAUGAUGCACUCCGAAACAACGAUCCUAUUAGAGGUAUAAUACGUUCCACUUCACUCAACUUCGAUGGUAGAACACCCACUAUCACUACUCCUGGGUCCGAAUCCCAAGAGGCUCUUAUCCGCAGAGCCUAUGAAAGUGCUGGGAUCAGUGAUAUCAGUCAAACAGGGUGUUUCGAAUGUCAUGGGACUGGUACAGUUGCUGGAGAUACCGCAGAAGUAUCCGUCGUUGCCAAAGUUUUCGAAGGAAAAGGAGUUGUAAUAACUGGAAUAAAACCAAAUAUUGGACAUGGAGAAGGUGCUUCAGGAAUUUCGAGUGUUAUCAAGGGGGUGAUGGCCCUUGAACAUGAUAUAAUCCCACCCAAUGUCUUCUUUGAAACUCCAAACCCCAGGAUCCCAUUCAAAGAGGGAAAUCUUCAGGUGCCAGUGGAGGCUUUGCCCUGGCCAGAGAACCGCAGCAAAAGAGUUAGUGUUAACAGUUUCGGCGUCGGCGGCGCCAAUGCUCACACUAUUCUGGAAUCAACAGCUUCGUUUUGCGGCAUUGCUGCAAAGUCAAGUCCUGUACAAUGCGAUGGACCUCGCCUCCUAACUGUAUCCGCAAAGAAUGCGAACAAGCUGAAAGAGCGAAUUCAGGCAACUGCUGACUACCUGAAUGAAGGUGUAUCAAAGCUACACGACUUGGCUUACACACUUGGAGUACGCCGAGAGCAUUUACCGCACCGCGCCUUUACCAUAGCACAACCGGGCCAACCUGUUAGCCCUGCUGGUUUCCACACUGGCCAGGAUAAGUCCCCUGAUCUGACUUUUGUCUUUACUGGUCAAGGUGCUCAAUGGUCAGGCAUGGGACAAGAUUUACUGAACUCUUUUCCGGAUGCCAGGAAAGAUGUUCAGGCAUUGGAUAAGGCCCUCCAAGAUUUACCAAAUGGCCCCAACUGGACCCUGGAAGAGGAACUUAGUAAAACGGGCGAUGACAGCCGGGUCAAUGAGGCAGAGUUCUCGCAGCCUUUGUGUACUGCCCUCCAAAUUGCCCUGGUGAACAUCUUCAACAGAUGGGGUAUCAGACCGUCGUCCGUCGUCGGGCAUUCUAGCGGAGAAAUCACAGCUGCAUAUGCCGCUGGUGCUAUCACCUCUGAAUCAGCUAUAAUUAUAGCAUACUGUCGAGGCAAGGCGACAAAGGAAUUGAAAAGGAAGGGCGCCAUGGCAGCCAUUGGCCUAGGAAGAGACAAGGUCACUCGAUACUUGGAAGACGGCGUUGUUAUCGCCUGUGAAAACAGCCCUCAGAGUGUGACACUGUCAGGAGAAGCGGCUACUCUUGAGAAUGUAAUGGCAUCGAUUAAGAAAGAUCUACCAGAUGCAUUUUGCAGACGGCUUCGUGUGUCCGUUGCUUAUCACUCUCACCACAUGCGUGAACUUGGGCCAUCCUAUGAAUCGUCAAUCUCCCCGUUUAUCAGGCACAAUGAGAAAAUGCUGCCUCUGUUCUCUACUGUUGCCUCUAAAAGCAUUACUCGGCCUCAUGAACUUGACGCUGCCUACUGGCGCAGUAACCUGGAAUCUCCUGUGCUAUUCUCCGGUGCGGUCCAAAGUAUCCUCCAAGCGUCACGGAAAACUGCUUUUCUCGAAAUUGGACCCCAUGGCGCUCUUUCGGGCCCUCUCCGCCAGAUUUUCCAGGCUGCCGGUCUCAAAUCUCCUCCUGUAUAUGUUCCUACGCUUGACCGGAAUGAAACCGAUUCUCGGCCCCAACUUCUGGCCGCAGCUGGAUCUAUUCAUGUUUGCGGAGUGUCUGUUGAUCUAGCAUCUGUGAAUGGAAAAGGCAACACACUGGGCAACCUUCCUCCAUAUCCAUGGGAUCACGACCAGAAGUUCUGGUAUGCUAGCCGCCUGACAAAUGAAUGGAGAUUUCGCGCCUACCCUCAUCAUGAACUUCUCGGCAGUCUGGCAGUUGAGGCUUCAGGUAUUGAGCCGUUGUGGAGAAACGUAUUGCGGUUAGACGAUGUACCAUGGCUUAUCGAGCAUAACCUCCAAGGCGAUAUUAUAUUCCCAGCUACAGGUUAUAUUUCAAUGGCUGGAGAGGCCAUUCGCCAAAUCUUUCCAGAUCCCGAUGCGGAAGACUAUACUAUACGGAAUCUUCUCAUCAAAUCUCCGAUGGUGUUGAGACGUGAACGAGAAACUGAAGUAAUCACUGCCUUUAAGCCUUCCAAAAUCACAGAUCUUGUUGAUUCUGAGUGGUACUCGUUUACAAUAAUGUCGCAUGAUGGGGCUGAGUGGACGAAACACUGUCAAGGAGAGGUGAAGGCUGGCCCUGACAAUCCUCGCAAAGGACAUAAAAUUCCGACAUAUAACCGAGCCGUUGAUGCUGCCCUAUGCUACAAAAUGAUAGACAGGGCUGGAUUUAACUACGGGCCCCGUUUCAGGCGCUUCAAGGAUAUAUCUGUCCAUCUGACUGAAAACAGAGCCUCUGCAAAGGUUACUGAGCUUCAGGAAAAACCCGUUAGCCGGUAUGCUCUUCAUCCAGCCACGAUGGAUCAUGUUCUACAGUUGUUCCCCAUCAAUGUGUCCAAGGGUUUACCCCGUCUUCUAUAUAUCCUAGUUCCAGCAUCCUUAGGAAAGAUUUAUGUACGAGGAAGCUCAUCAGAACUUAGUAUUGAAACGGUGUACACCCAUAAUAACAAUGGAGUUCUGGUUGGAAAUGCCACAAUGAUGGAGGGUGACGAACUUGCUCUUACUUUCGAUGACUGCAUCGGCUUUCCAGUGGCAGGAUUUGGGAAUUUUGCUGGAGGGUCCGAGACAUCGCUGUGCUCCCAGAUACGGUGGGCUCCAGACAUCGAUUUUAUACCUUCGCAAGUGUUACUUCCUACUCUAUCAGCCCCGGAAUCAUAUCGUGCAAUGGCUGGCGACAUAGAACAACUCAGCGUCCUUUAUAUUUUGGAGACUGCGGAUAAACUUGCUAGUAUCAAGCCGACAGACUCGUUCCUAAACUGCUGGAAGAACUGGGUCGUCUCCAAAGCUUCAAGUCUUCGCCAGCUACCUGAGACUUUGCCUCUUGAAGCCCAUGAAUGGACCCAGAUGAGUUCAGAAUGCCGCAAGGAGCGCAUCAAGACGUUAGCAUCUCGGUACACCGCAUCGGAGGAGGAUCACUCGGUUCCAUUUGAAUGUAUGCAAUACAUAUAUGAGAAUUGUGAAAGGUUAAUCGAGGAAAAAGACCUAUCGAAAGAAACUACCGACUACUUGGAGAGAUACCGGGGAUUUAUUCAAUCACACUGCGACUGGAGCCCCUUUUUAACAUCACUUGCCCAUUCUAACCCGUCCAUGCGGGUACUUGAAAUUGGUGGAGGGAGAGGACACGCUACUCAGGUCGUGUUGAAGCAUCUACGGUCGCCUGAAGGGUCCCGGAUGUUUUCGCAUUACAUGUUCACAGAUUCAUCGGAUAGUAUCAUACAGGCAGCCAAAGAAGUGGUUACCGAUGGGGUUGAGCACAAAGUACUUGAUAUAGCCAAGGAUCCCUCGGAGCAGGGCUUCAAGCUUCAUAGCUUUGACUUGGUUAUUGCUUCAAACGCUCUUAAUUCUACGCCCCAAGUUCAAGAGCCUCUCAAGAAUAUACACAAGCUGCUUGCCAGUGGUGGCAGAGUUCUGUUUCAAGAGAUGCAGCCGGGAGUAUUAUCCACAACCUAUAUCAUGGGGCUACUUCCGAGCUGGCAAUCCAGUGAAGACGGUAGGCUUGAACAGCCAUGCCUGUCCCCAGCCCAAUGGGAACAGGAAUUUCAUGCGGCUGGAUUUUCUGGAGCAGAAGCCAUCAGCUAUGACUUGGAUACUCCCCAUCAGACAUCCUUUUCGGUCCUGUCGAGUGUAAAAGCCGCUCCUGCCCCCCUGACCGACGUUACUUUGUUAGUGGGAGAAUCUCCCGGUCCCUGGGCCAAAGAAGUUGCCGAUACCCUUGGAGAAGCAGGACACCAAAUACAUUGGGGCAGAUUGGACCUCCCACCUCCAACAAGCCAGUGUAUUAUUUCAUUGCUGGAUUUGGACGGGCCUUACCUUUAUGAUCUGUCUGAGGAGAAAUACGCUGCUCUUCACUUAUAUAUGUCUCAGAUUGGUAAAUCUAGGCUGAUAUGGGUGACAAGCGCAAACCAGCUUACCUGCAACGACCCCCGUUUCAGCCUGAUUUUUGGGUUUGCCCGGACGCUAAGGGGUGAGAACGGUCUGGACAUCUCCACCUUUGAGACAGAUACAUUCAACGGCGAAGCCGUAAAUGGGUUGGUAAAAGUUCUUAGCAAGAUUGAACAAUCCCGUGCGCUCUCUGCACUUGACCCUGAGUAUGAAUUCGCCUUCCAUCAUGGAACUAUACAUACUGGCCGGUGCCACUGGAUUUCACCUCAGAGUCAAAUGCCGAUCCAAUCCCUAGGGGAAACACCAAGAAAGCUCUCAAUGAAAGCUGUUGGAUCAAUAGAUUCACUCUACUGGCAACCCUUCGAUGGGCCUAAAGAGCUGACGGGGAAUGAUGUAGAGAUUGAUAUUCAUUAUGUUGGGUUAAACUUCAGGGACAUCAUGGUCGCCGUCGGGCUUUUUGGAGAUCCUGACGAAUUUGGUAUAGAGGGCAGCGGGAUUGUUCGGCGCGUGGCACCUGGAGUUGUCGACUUCAAACCUGGGGACAAAGUCAUUGUUAUAGAUAUUAGGUCCUUUCGCACUCAGAUUGUGCGAUCAGCAGAUUUGAUCGUUCCCGUUCCAGAAGGUCUGACAUUAGAGGAUGCUUCGACAAUGCCCUGCGUGUAUUUCACGUCCAUACUCUGUUUAGACUGGCUUGCUCGAGUCAAGAAAGGCGAGUCGGUACUCAUACACUCCGCCUGCGGUGGAGUUGGCCUGUCUGCAAUUCAGGUUUGCAAAGUGUUGGGUGCAGAGGUAUUCGUCACGGUCGGGAGUGAGGAGAAGGUCCAGUACCUCAUGGAUGAGUUUGGCAUCCCACGCCAUCGUAUAUUCAAUUCUAGAAACGCGGAUUUCCUUCCAUGUAUUAUGAAAGAGACGGAUGGCAGGGGCGUUGACGUUGUUCUAAACUCUCUAACAGGAAAGCUGCUGCAUGCUUCCUGGCGGUGUGUCGCACCCUUUGGCAAGAUGGUUGAGCUUGGAAAACGAGACUUUUUGGGCAACGGACGCCUGGAUCUGGCGCCGAUGAUUGAAAACCGCUCAUUCAUAGGAUUUGAUCUGGGUCGCUGGAUAAACGCGGGCAUUAAAACUUGGAAACGCAUGACGGACCAGUUCUUGUGGUGGUAUAACCAGGAAAGCAUUAAGCCUAUCCGGCCAAUUAAGGUCUAUGAUGCUACGGAUAUCGUAGAGGCAUUCCGCUAUAUGCAACAAGGAACCCAUAUGGGUAAAAUUGUGAUCCGGAUUCCCCAAGACCGUUCGGCUAUCCCACUGACAGGAGUGAAAGCCCCGGUCCGGUUUUCGCCAGAGGUCUCUUACCUUUUGGUUGGUGGCCUAGGUGGCUUGGGACGUUCGAUAUCAUCUUGGAUGGUUGAGCAAGGAGCUCGUCACUUGGUGUAUUUAUCACGAACAGCUGGGCAAACAGAGAAGGAUCAAGCCUUCAUGCAAGAGCUGAAAGACCAAGGCUGUCAUACGCUGUGUGUGGCAGGCAGUGUCCUUGAUAUCGCGGAUGUGAGAUCCGCCAUUUCUCAGUGUCCCAAGCCACUUGCUGGUGUUCUCCAACUUUCCACAGUUCUCAAGGACCGCACUUUCAAUAAGAUGAGCUAUGAGGACUGGACGACAUGUCUCGAGACCAAGGUUCAGGGGACCUGGAACUUGCACAGUGCGCUGGAGAAUGAGAAGAACCUAGACUUCUUCGUGAUGUUCGGCUCGGUGGCCGGCGUCUGUGGCAAUGUUGGACAGGCCAAUUAUGCGGCCGCUAACGGAUUUCUUAGCAGUUUCACGCAAUAUCGGCGGCAGCUGGGCCUUCCUGCAUCCGUCCUAGAGCUGGGCAUAGUCGAUGAGAUUGGCAUGGCGAGCGACAAUGAUACUGCUCUACGGAAUGCUCGAUCGGCCUCACUCCGGCUGGUGUAUGAGUACGAGCUAAUUGAAGGAGUACGACUGGCCAUCCACCAGUGUCGCAACCCUCCUGCCGCAGACAGCAUGACAUCUAGUUCCUGCAUCAUCGGUCUAGGCAAUACGAAACCGCUCUCCGAGAUGGGUGUACGCCCACUAUGGCCCAAAGACGCACGGUUCGCACUCUACUCGAACCUGGAGGGUAAAUACAGUGGCGAAGGGAACGAGGCAGCGAACAAUGACGUCAAGCUUCUACUGUCGAAUAUCGGACAGAGCGCAUCCUACCUGAGUACAGACGAAUGCAAGGUGCGGAUCCAGGCAAUUCUAGCGAGCAUGGUAAGACAGAACUUGCCGCAUACGCAGGACAUGGAGGAUGAUGAGGUGGCUGGCAUUCACAUUGAUUCUCUCAUGGCGAUUGAGAUGCGCAACUGGAUCAGACGGCACCUUGGCCUUGAAGUCACUCUGGUUGAGAUCAGCAAGGCUGGGAUUAUUGAGAAACUGGCGGAUACCAUCCAUCAUCUGAUGAAGAUCAAGUACGGCGUUGCUGAGGGACAAGAUGCCGCUGAGCAAGACCCUAAUUAG